ACAGGUUUUAAUCAUGGCAUCUAGGGAUUGCAUUCAGAUUCAUUGGGCAACUGAUGUAACCAUUUUUUAUUCAAAUGAGGCGAGGAUUGAUAGCAAUAAUCUUGCAAUAUAUUUGAAACACUUCCUAUGUUUGCAAUGUUUCCCUAUUUUUGUUGGGUUCAAAUAUAAUCUGAACUAUAUGACUAGAAAUAUUUCAUUCAAAGUUAAGGAAGCUCAUACCAGAGAUUGUUCUGGUUCAUUUAACCAUGUAUGCGGCUUCAGAAUUUGUAGCAGCACUGACAUCAAAGCAUUCAGCCACUUGAACUCGAAGGACCCUCCGCUGAUCAUUGGCAUUGAAGAUGAUCUUGCACCCAUUAUUGGCCACAUAUCAGGUGUGAUGAAAUCACAGCAGAAACAUCUUACUAUUGCUGAAAUGAUAGAUUCCUAUUUUGGCCAGUUUUCUAACCAAAACACAUUAUUGUCCAAUACUUUAAAGGAGAACAUUAUGAUGCCACAUCAUGUACAAAUGGAACAUGAUUUGAAAACAUCAAGCUGCAAUAUUGCUGAAAGUUUUACUGAGAAUGAAGCUCCUUGGGAAAGACAUGAAGAUGAUAUGAACAAGAAAAAGCAAAUCUUAAAUAUCAAGAAGCCAGCUUUCCACCAAAGGAAUUUCUUCAUUGUCUUAGCACCAGCAGGCUGUGGCAAGUCACAGCUGCUGAAUUUUUUGCAGCAUCACUACAAUUCAGUGGUCUAUGGAAGAACUACAAGAAGUUUUUCAAAGAUUUUUGACCUUGCUAACUCCAAGAAGCCUUGCCUUGUCCUUCUUGAUGAUUUGGAUCAAAUCCCCAAUAGUCAACAUCUCGUGCCUUAUGUGACAUCAAUGCCUAGUGACGUGGUUGUGGUGUGCACGGCGCAGGAGGAGCUCAAGAUACACGAGGACCUCAGACGCCUCUGUCUUGCUCCGGUCCACAUCAGGAAACCUGCAGACUCUGCAAGGCUCGGCAUCCUGGAGGCAAUGAUGGGCAGGGCUGGAUUGAAGUGUUCACCUGACACCCUUGCUCUACUUGUCCAGUCAACAAGUAAUUACUCAAUUCAAGAUUUGAACGACCUGGUGCUGGAUUUACAUUCAGAAAAUAAAGCUUCCUUAAUAAUUGGCCAAGAAGAAGUGAAGAAGGCCCAAAAUAGACUUAGAAAAUCAAUGCAGAUGAGCUUUGCACUGGGAAGUUCCUCGAUUGCAACUCAGUCCAAUACAUCGUCGGCGUCCUCGGUGAAAGUUUGUGGUUAUUCCCAGGAAAUGCAGAAACUGGAAGAUUGUGUGAGAUUGACUCUAAAGCACUCGUCUCUAUAUGACAAGUUAGGCAUGUCUCCUCCGUGCCGGAUUCUGAUUUUUGGGCCUUCUGGGUGUGGAAAGUCGUUGUUGAUAGAAGCUUUGGCUGAGAAAUUCUCUUUACUUGUGAAGACUGCAACCAGAGCUGAUAUUUUCAGUAAAUAUUUCGGGGAGAGCGAAAAUAAACUGGAUGCUAUCUUUAAUGAGGCCGCUGCAUCUGCCCCCUGCAUCCUGCACCUGCCGAGCUUCGAUGGCAUCGCGAGCGUGAGGGCGCGUGAGCAUCACGAGGUCGAGGGGCGCGUCGUGAACUUGCUUAAGGCGCGCCUGGACGGAACAGUCAAGCUUAAAAACGUCUUCGUGAUUGCCGAGACUUCCAGGCCGGAACUUCUGGACUCGGCCAUCAUUCGACGAGGCCGCUUCAUGGCCUACCAAUACAUAGGCCUGCCUGACGAGGAGACGCGUGCUGCGCUCAUCACCGACGCUCUGAAGAAGUCGUCGCUUGCCCAGGCUCAGGUCGAUGCCUUCACUGCAAGAACCCAAGGAUUCACUGUGGCCGAG